UUGGUUUAUAAGAUGAUACGAUAUGAAGAUGAAGGAGAAACGCUGGCUGAUAAGUCGCCGUGUGCAGGUAUUAGAGCAGAUCUAAAAAUGUGCCUUCUGGAAAGUGAAUGCUGUCGUAUUGAAAAGAAGACACCCAGAGAAUGCUUAAAAAGCAAUUUAGCACCUGAAUGUCAUGCCCUUCGAAAUACUUUUUUUGAAUGCAAAAGAUCUUUGCUGGAUAACCGUGUACGAUUCAAAGGCAGAAAGGGCUACUAAAGAAACAGUUAUGUUUGUGGUUACAUAGUAGUUAUUAAGUAGUUAUAUGAAUCACAAAAAAAUCUUACCUGUGUGUGAUAAGUUGUUGAAAAAUAUAUGUAGGUAGUAUAAAAUAAUCUUCUAAAUUUAUCAAAGAUAGAAAAAUGGAAAAAUAAUAAGUAAUUAUUUGACGUUAAAUUGAGGUUAAAA